AUGCAGACUGACAAAUAUGUUUUAUAUGAAGUCCUCCAGUGUGGUGACGUGGAAAAGCUUAUAAAUGCAGAUGAGCCACUCCUGUAUUAUGUAACUAUUGAGGAGACUUUUGACGUCAUCAAACGUGCUCAUAUUGCAACAGGACAUGGUGGGCGUGACCGCAUGAUUAAGGAGUUACAACGAAAAUAUGCCAACAUCACAACAAAGGCCUUGGAGCUCUUCAAAUCACAGUGUGAAGAAUGUCAGAAGAAAAGGAAAAGACCAAUGACCAAGGGUGUUGUGAUGCGUCCUAUCCUCGGCAAGGAAUUGGCAUCUAGGGGCCAGGUUGAUUUGAUUGACAUGCAAUCAGUGCCAUACUCCAACUUUAAAUGGAUCAUGGUGUACCAAGACCAUCUCACCAAAUUCUGCAUUCUUCGUCCUCUUCAAACCAAACGUGCUGCAGAGGUUGCCUUCCAGCUUGUAGAUAUCUUCCUUCUCAUGGGUGCCCCUGCUGCUCUUUAA